UGGCCAGCAGCGGUGGUGGAGUCGGUGACAAGUGUGUUACCACAAACCGGUGUGUUCAAAUGGACUACGAGGGCAAAGUGUUCCCCCUCACCGGCGGGUACGGGCGCUACAACCGCAUCGUGAUCAUCUUUAGCUGGUUCCCAAACUUUGCGGUCAUUCUCAACUUGUUCAGCGACAUGUUUUUUACGCUCAUCCCGGAGGAGUACCACUGCAAACCCGACCCUCAGCUACUGCCCUCCACCUUUCUACUCAGUAACUUCACCAGACAGGGGUACCUCAACCUCACCAUACCCUGGGUGGUGGAGAGUGGGCGCUUCAGCCACUGUGAACUCUUCAAGUAUCCUCCAAACUCAUCGGACCUCUCAGACAAUGCUCCCCGGGAGAAAGUGUCUUGUACUCGGGGCUGGGAGUACCAUCAGGCGGCGGGGCUCCAGAGCAACUUUGUCACUGAGUGGGACUUGGUCUGCAGUGACUACUGGAAAAUCCCUCUGCAACACAUCUGCUUCAUGAUGGGAUGGAUCCUGGGAUACAUCCUCCUGGGUACACUGUGUGACUGGUUUGGUCGGAGGAAGAGUUUCCUGUUGUCUCUGAGUCUGUCCAGUCUUUUGGGGGUGUGCGUGUGUCUGUCCAACAGCGCCGUGCUCUUCCUGCUGUUGAGGCUGGCUCAGGGCUGCAUGCUCGCUGGAGUCUACCUGUCCUCAUACAUCAACAGACUCGAGCUGUGUGAUCCUCCCCAUCGCCUCAUGGUGGCAAUGGUGAGCGGUUUCUUCGGUAUCUUUGCGGAGCUGCUGUUGCCGGGUCUUGCUGCUCUCUGCCGUGAUUGGCCGAUUCUUCAGGCUGUGGUCACGCUCCCUCUCAUCCUGCUGCUCGGAUACUGGUGCUGUAGCUCGGUGUUCCCAGAGUCUCCUCGAUGGCUCCUGGCCACGCAGCAGAUCCCAGCGGCCCGGAAAAGUCUCCAGGAAUUCAGCUCCAGGAACGGGUCUCCUCUGCAGGAUGAGAUGUUCCCAGGCCAAGUCGUACUGACGGACAUUGACUCAGCGUUUGGAGAGGACUGUAAGCCAAGUUACCACACAGUUUUGGAGCUGCGUCGCACUCGAGUCAUCUGGAAAAACUGCCUCAUUCUCAGUUUCACUUUGUUUAUUGGGACAGGGAUCCAGUACUGCUUCACCCGAAAUGUCCACAGCUUCAACACCAACUUCUACUUCACCUAUUUUAUCCGUGUCCUGACAGGGGCACUAGCAUGUGUUUUUAUCUUUCUGUCUGUGAAUCACUUCGGACGACGAGGGAUGCUCCUGCUGUCUGCCAUCGUAACAGGACUGUCCUCACUCCUGCUCCUGGCUCUCACUCCAUAUCUACGUGGGGGUUUGGUCCUGGUGCUGUCUGUGGUGGGGCUGCUUUUCUCUCAGGCCUUGGCGAUGCUCAGUGCCUUUUUCGCCACCGAAGUCUUGCCCACCGUCGUCAGAGGUGGGUGCCUGGGCCUGGUGAUGGCUGCUGGCUGUGUGGGGAUGGCGGCCUCUUCUCUGAUGGAGCUCCAGAACAACGGUGGAUACUUUUUACAUCACGUGAUCUUCGCCUCCUUCGCCGUUCUGUCCGUCCUCUGCAUCAUGCUCCUCCCUGAAACCAAACGCAAGCCUCUGCCAGACUCACUCAAAGAAGGGGAGAGUCAGCGCCGCCCGCCUCUGUUCCUGUCUUAUCCGGAUCGGGACAGUCUGCCACUGCUACGCACCCGUGCCCCUCUCUCCGAAUAUAAUCCAGAUAAUUAUUCACGGUUAGUUUCUGCCACGAGGAAAAUGUUGGCUAAAGACAGUUUGCCCUAUAGGAUUGCAGUACCGGGCCACUCCCCUCUGCUGUCAGACAGUGAUAGUACGGGACAGGACAAUGGGACACUACGAGCUGUGGCGUAAUCCCCCAACCCCCAGUUAGCUGCAUAUUAUAGACUUCUUACUGUGGACAAACCUUACCUCUGAAGACCAUGAAGUGUCUUGAAUGGAUACAGUGCACUUUACAUUUGUGGAAUUAAAGGCCCACUAUGUAACUUUUCUAGUGUAGAGUCAACCCACCACCUGCUUAUCUCCAUGGAGAUGUUCCACUUUAAGGCCUGAUCUAGCUUGUAUUUAUACAAAAUACCCAGUUAUACAUGAAUUAUUGAGCGUGCAUGCCUAUAAACAGAAAGGACCUGUAUUUGGCCUACUGGCAUUGCUCUUUCUCACCAGAGAUACAUUUAAAUACUGUGAAACUUUCCAGGAAAAAAAAGAUUUCCAUGAAGAUAAGCAUUUGGCAGACCUUCCACCAGUAAAGUUGUAUAAUACACCUUUAAGUGUCUCAGACUUCAUUUUUUACACUGUUACGUUGCUGUGUUAUUUUCAUGAAUCAAUCUUGUUUAUUGUCGUUUUUUUUGGUAAAGUUUUUUUUAUUGUACAGGAACACACUGAUCAACUGCAAAAGUUAAAAUAAUACACAACAUUAUACAGGUUUAGAAAUGGGGACUUCAUGAGAUAUUUCAUGUAUUUUAUAUAAAUAUUUACCACUAACAACUACUUCUACUACUUACUAAUAAAGUUUAGGCUUAUGAACUGCAAGCCAUUAUCACAAUAUAGACACAGCUAUAUGUCUAUCUAAAUGUUGUGUAAUUUGUGAAACCUGACUUAAAAAAUAGUUCAGUUUGCCAUGAUAUUCUAAUUGAUUGAUGUCAUGUACACCAUGUAUUUGAUUUUCUUAUUUUUUAUGUCAUGUGACAAUCUAAAACUGUCCAUUUCAUGACAGCAUGUCACUCUAAACAUGUGACCACUGUGUAUCAUGUGAGCAGCAGCACUUUCCCCAUUUACAAACCGCUCAUGCACUUUUCAUUAAGUCUGUAUGAUUCAGCAGUGUCACAGAGCUGAGAGGAGCUUCUCAUGGUGACCACUAGAGGGCGCCUUAUGACGCAUUGGAUACUGCAUCUCCAACACCUUCAUUCUGAUGCUGUCUGUCCAUCUCAUUUGUAAACCACUCUGUUCCAAUAUAAUGUAGUUUUUCAAAACACUGAAAGCUAAUUUGGGGUUUAUUUGUUGCUUUUUGAAGCAUUUGCGUAUUUUUAUGUUCUUUUUAUUAUUUAAAUUCACUCACAUAAAUAACAGAAACUGUAGUUCAUGCCUUACUUUUACUUUAUUUUACAAUUUCCUGGUACAAAAUUGCAAAGCUACUAAUGUGCUUCAGUUAUUCUCAAGACUUGCUGUAUCUUGACUUAAUUUCUAUGCAUUUCCCCCAUGACUGCCUUAAAUCAGCCAUAUAGCGAAGGUUCAUACUUUUCAUUAAAAUGUAAUGUGAAAUGCAGAGUAGGCUGUCAUCUGCCUGAGAAUAUAAUUUAGCUCUGUGUAAACAUGACUUCAUCUGUGCUGCCUUCAGGACACCUGGGAUUUUUGAACACGCAGUUAUUAAAUCCUUUGGCCAAUGAA